AUGGAUGUGAUCGACCUAGAAGAUGAGGAGAUAGAUGCUGAAAUUCUGAACUCUAUGGCUGUGACUAAUGAGCAUUUUCAGACAGCUCUUGGUAACAGCAAUCCUUCUGCUCUACGUGAGACGGUCGUUGAGGUGCCUAAUGUUUCUUGGGAGGACAUUGGUGGUCUUGAGAAUGUCAAGAGGGAACUCCAAGAGACUGUUCAAUAUCCAGUGGAGCAUCCUGAAAAAUUCGAGAAGUUCGGUAUGUCACCGUCUAAAGGAGUCCUUUUCUACGGUCCUCCUGGUUGUGGAAAGACCCUUUUGGCCAAAGCCAUCGCCAACGAGUGUCAAGCUAACUUCAUAAGUAUCAAAGGCCCUGAGCUUCUCACAAUGUGGUUUGGAGAGAGUGAGGCAAAUGUCAGAGAGAUAUUCGACAAAGCACGCCAAUCAGCUCCUUGUGUUCUUUUCUUUGAUGAGCUUGACUCCAUCGCCACUCAGAGAGGGAGCAGCGUUGGAGACGCUGGUGGUGCAGCAGACAGAGUAUUGAACCAGCUUCUUACAGAGAUGGAUGGUAUGUCUGCUAAGAAGACUGUCUUCAUCAUUGGAGCAACAAACAGACCAGAUAUCAUCGACCCUGCGCUUCUUCGUCCUGGUCGUCUUGAUCAGCUCAUCUACAUUCCUCUUCCUGAUGAGGAGUCUCGUUAUCAAAUCUUUAAGUCUUGCUUGAGGAAGUCUCCAGUGGCUAAAGAUGUCGACUUAAGGGCUCUUGCUAAAUACACUCAAGGGUUCAGCGGUGCUGACAUCACAGAGAUUUGUCAGCGUGCUUGCAAGUACGCGAUCAGAGAGAACAUCGAGAAGGAUAUUGAGAAGGAGAGGAAGAAAGCAGAGACACCAGAAGCAAUGGAAGAGGACGAAGAGGAGGUUGCACAGAUAAAAGCUAGUCACUUCGAAGAAUCAAUGAAGUUUGCGAGAAGGUCAGUGAGUGAUGCAGACAUACGCAAGUAUCAGGCUUUUGCUCAGACUCUCCAGCAGUCACGUGGGAUUGGAAGUGAGUUCAGGUUCCCAGAAGCGACAGCGACUGGAGGUGCAGCCACCACGGCUGGUGGAGCUGACCCGUUUGCUACUGCGGGAGGAGCAGCCGAGGACGAUGAUCUUUAUAGCUAA